GCGGCAGCGCUGAGGAAGGAUGGCAGACACGGAUCUUUUCAUGGAAUGUGAGGAGGAGGAGUUGGAGCCCUGGCAGAAAAUCAGCGACGUCAUCGAGGACUCGGUGGUGGAGGAUUACAAUUCCAUGGAAAAAAAUCCCACAGGGCCGCAGGCCGCCGUGCAGCCGGGGCCGCAGUCGGUGCUGCUGGCGCAGAGCCCCGCGCCCGGCCUGGGCGCCGUGGUGACGCAGCCGCUGCUGCGGCCCGUGCAGCUGAUGCAGAACGCCAACCACGGCACCACCCCCCCUGCCGGCACCCAGCCCAUCUUCAUCACCACCCAGGGGUUCCCGGUGAGGAACGUCCGUCCCGUGCAGAGCCCCAUGAACCAGGUGGGGAUCGUGCUCAACGUGCAGCAGGGCCAGACUGUGCGGCCCAUCACCCUCGUGCCAGCCCCAGGUGCCCAGUUUGUUAAACCUGCAGUGGGCGUUCCCCAGGUGUUCUCUCCCGUGGCUCAGGUGAGGCCGGGCAGCGCCAACGCCUUCGCCACGGUGAUCCCGGCCACGCUGACGCUGCGCAGCACCGUGCCCCAGGCACAGCCCCCCCAGCAGAGUGAGUCACUCCAGUCCCGCAUCCCUGCGGUCCCAAAAUUCUGCUGGCCCAAAUUUCUGGGGGAUUUUGAGUGGAAAAAUCCAUGGGGCGGGGGCUGGCAUUCCAGCCCCAGCCCUCUCUCUGCAGUGAGCAUCGCCAGCUUUGUGCCGCUGAAGCGCCCGGGCGUGCCCGGCGAGGCCAGCGCCGGCGGCCCCGAGGUCGCCAAGCUGGUGAACACGCUGGGCACGGUGCCCUCGCUGGCCCACGGGCCCUCCUCGGUAGCCCACGGCCCUCCUUCACUAGCCCACGGCCCCUCCUCAGUAGCCCACGGCCCCUCCUCCUCCUCCCCCGUGCCCAGCCUGGAUCUGCAGGAUGGGGGCAGGAAGGUCUGUCCCAGGUGUGACUCCCAGUUCCGUGUCACCGAGGCGCUGCGGGGACACAUGUGUUACUGCUGCCCGGAGCUGGUGGAGUUCCUGAAGAAACGCAAAUCCCUGGACUCGGAGCCGGCCCCGCCCAGCGCCAAGGCCCCGUCCCCAGCGCAGGGCUCGGCCCCGGCCCCGCCCCCGACCCCGCCCAGAGCACCUGAGCCAGGUGAGGGCGGCGCCGACCCCGCCCAGGCCAAGCUCAUCAUGCUGGUGGAUGAGUUCUACUACGGGCGGGACGGGGGCAAGGGGGCGGCCGUGCCCCCCUGCCCCAGGGUGCCAACGUCCUUCCGGUGCCCCCACUGCACCAAGCGCCUCAAGAACAACAUCCGGUUCAUGAACCACAUGAAGCACCACGUGGAGCUGGACCAGCAGAACGGCGAGGUGGACGUGCACAGCAUCUGCCAGCACUGCUACCGCCACUUCAGCACCCCCUUCCAGCUGCAGUUGCACCUGGAGAACGUGCACAGCCCCUACGAGUCCUCCACCAAGUGCAAGAUCUGCGAGUGGGCGUUUGAGAGCGAGCCGCUCUUCCUGCAGCACAUGAAGGACACCCACAAGCCUGGGGAGAUGCCCUACGUGUGCCAGGUGUGUCAGUACCGUUCCUCCCUGUACUCCGAGGUGGACUCUCAUUUCCGCCUCAUCCACGAGGACACGCGGCACCUGCUGUGCCCCUACUGCCUCAAGGUGUUCAAGAACGGCAACGCCUUCCAGCAGCACUUCAUGAGGCACCAGAAGAAGAGCGUGUACCACUGUAACAAGUGCCGGCUGCAGUUCCUGUUUGCCAAGGACAAGAUCGAGCACAAGCUGCAGCACCACAAAACUUUCCGCAAGCCGCGGCAGCUCGAGGGGCUGCGGCCCGGCACCAAGGUGACGAUCCGGGCGUCGCGGGCGCAGCCGCGCUCGGUGCCCCUGGAGCCGCCGGAGCCGGCGCCGGGGGGCUCCUGCCCCGACCCCCAGCCCCUCUUCCUGUGCCACAGGAGCGCCCCCCGCAGGGCGGGCAGGAAAACGGGUGGGCUGGGCCGCCAGACGUGCCUGGAGUGCAGCUUUGAGAUCCCGGAUUUCCCCAACCACUUCCCGACCUACGUGCACUGCUCGCUGUGCCGCUACAGCACCUGCUGCUCCCGCGCCUACGCCAACCACAUGAUCAACAACCACGUUCCCAGGAAAAGCCCCAAAUAUUUGGCUUUGUUCAAGAAUUACACAGCCAGUGGCCUGAGGCUCUCGUGCUCCUCCUGCCUCUUCGUCACCUCCGAGGGCGACUCCAUGGCCAAACAUUUGGUUUUCAACCCCUCCCACGAGUCCAGCAACGUCCACGGCCAAGGGUCUUCUUGGAUCAUGGAGCUGUGGGCGGAGAGGGUGUGGAGGAAGCACACGGAGUGCCGCGGCGGCUCCCCCAAGGGGAUGCUGCUGCUGGACUGUCACCGGACGCACCUGUCCGAGGAGGUGCUGGCCGUGCUCAGCGCGGCGGGGACUCUGCCCGCCGUCAUCCCGGCCGGCUGCAGCUCCAAGGCGCAGCCCUUGGACGUCUGCGUCAAGAGAUCCCUCAAGGAUUUCCUGCAGAAGAAAUGGAAGGAGCGCGCCAGGGACGUGGCGGAUUCCGACUCGUCGGCGCUGCUGCAGCUGCUGCUGGGCUGGCUGGGAGAGGCGCUGGAGAUCCUGGGCGGCUGCCAGGAGCUGAUCCGCAAAUCCUUCCUGCUGGCCAGCGUGCUGCCCGCCGCCCGCUCCGCAUCGCCGCGCCGCAGCGGCGACGAGCAGGAGGAGCUGAUCGCCGCCAUGGAGGAGAGGCUGGAGAUCGCCCCCAGCCGCGAAUCGUCGCCGGCGUCGCCCGAGAACGACGGAGCCGAGGCCGACCCCGAAAUCCUGCAGCGGCUCUUCGAGGGCGAGAGCGAGGCCGAGUCCUUCUACGGCUUCGAGGACGCCGACCUGGAGCUGAUGGAGAUGUGA